AUGGGCGAAUCCAAGUGCCCCGUCAACCACAUCAACGCCGCAGGCCACGGAACCAGGAACAAGGACUGGUGGCCUGAGGACCUCAAGCUCAACAUCCUCCGCCAGCACACAGACGUCACCAACCCGCUCGGAGCCGACUUUGACUACCCGGCUGCCUUCAAGACGCUCGACUACGAUGCCGUCAAGAAGGACCUUACGGCCCUGAUGACCGAUUCCAAGGAUUGGUGGCCCGCCGACUUUGGCCACUAUGGAGGUCUCUUUAUCCGCAUGGCAUGGCACAGCGCUGGCACGUAUCGUGUCACUGACGGCCGUGGCGGUGGUGGCCACGGCCAACAACGAUUCGCACCCCUCAACAGCUGGCCCGACAAUGUGAGCUUGGACAAGGCUCGCCGCCUGCUGUGGCCCAUCAAGCAAAAGUACGGCAGCAAGCUCUCGUGGGCUGAUCUCCUCAUCCUGACUGGCAACGUGGCGCUCGAGUCCAUGGGCUUCAAGACGCUCGGAUUCGCUGGUGGCCGUCCAGACACCUGGGAGGCUGAUGAGUCUGCCUACUGGGGUGGCGAGACUACGUGGCUGGGCAACGAUGUCCGAUAUGCCCACGGCUUCGAGGGCACCAAGCCUGGAUCUCACGGUGUCAUUGAUGCCGACGAGAAGAGGCACACUGAUAUACACUCCCGCGAGUUGGAGACUCCCUUGGCUGCGGCGCACAUGGGUCUGAUCUAUGUCAACCCCGAGGGUCCUGAUGCCAGCGGUGACCCUGUUGCUGCUGCUCGUGAUAUCCGCGUCACCUUUGGCCGCAUGGCCAUGAAUGACGAAGAGACCGUCGCUCUGAUUGCUGGUGGACACACCUUUGGCAAGACUCACGGCGCUGGUCCCUCAAGCCACGUCGGUCCCGAGCCUGCUGCUGCUCCUCUCGAGCACCAGGGCCUCGGCUGGGCCAACAGCUACGGCUCUGGAAAGGGCCCUGACACCAUCACCAGCGGCCUGGAGGUGACCUGGACCAAGACCCCGACCAAGUGGAGCAACCAGUACCUGGAGUAUCUCUUCAAGUACGACUGGGAGCUCACCACCAGCCCUGCCGGAGCCAAGCAGUAUGUGGCUAAGAACGCCGAGCCCAUCAUUCCUCACGCCUAUGAUCCCAACAAGAAGCUGCCGCCCACCAUGCUGACCACGGAUCUGGCGCUGCGCUUUGACCCUGAGUACGAAAAGAUCGCCCGUCGCUUCCUGGAGCAUCCCGACCAGUUUGCCGAUGCUUUUGCAAAGGCCUGGUUCAAGCUGACGCACCGUGACAUGGGACCCCUGAGCCGAUACAUUGGCCCUGAAGUCCCCAAGGAGCAGUUCCCCUGGCAGGACCCCGUCCCUCCCGUUGACUUUGCUUUGAUCAACGAGGGCGACAUUGCUGCUCUCAAGAAGGAGAUUCUCAACUCUGGCGUGGCUCCUAACAAGCUCAUCUCGACCGCUUGGGCUUCUGCCUCGACGUUCCGUGGCAGCGACAAGCGAGGCGGAGCCAAUGGUGCCCGCAUCCGUCUGGCGCCCCAGAAGGACUGGGAGGUGAACAACCCCCCUCAGCUGGCCGAGGUCCUGCAGGCACUCGAGAAGAUCCAGAAGAACUUCAACAGCUCCCAGAGCGGCGGCAAGAAGGUGUCUCUGGCUGACCUCAUCGUCCUGGCCGGAGCGGCAGCCAUCGAGAAGGCGGCAAAGGAUGCCGGACACGACAUCACCGUUCCCUUCAUCCCUGGCCGCAACGAUGCCACCCAGGAGCAGACGGACGUCCAGUCUAUCGACCACCUCAAGCCCGUCGCCGAUGGCUUCCGCAACUACGGCAAGUCGACACCCAGAGUCAAGCUGGAGCACUUCUUGGUCGACAAGGCCCAGCUCCUUACCCUCAGCGUGCCAGAAUUGACCGUCCUCAUCGGCGGUCUGCGUGUUCUCGGCACCAACUAUGACGGAUCGUCUCACGGUGUCUUCACUAACCGUCCUGGCGCGCUGACCAACGACUUCUUCGUCAACCUCUUGGACUUGGACACCGCCUGGAAGGCCAACCCCUCUGACAUUGACCUCUUUGAGGGAACCGACCGCAAGACGGGUGCCAAGAAGUGGACUGGCACUCGCGUCGACCUCGUCUUUGGCUCUCACCCCGAGCUCCGCGCCGUUGCCGAGGUCUACGGCAGCUCCGAUGCCAGCCAGAAAUUUGUCAAGGACUUUGUGGCUGCUUGGACAAAGGUUACCAACCUGGAUCGCUUCGACCUGCCGAGAGACUCUCCCUUUAGGCCUCGCUUGUAA